UGCACGCCCGGCGCUAGGUGGUACCCGCCCGGCAGGCCGCGGCUCGCCUCCCGCGGCGAGAGUCGGUUUCCCGGCUUGCGGGACUAGCAGGCUCUCGGGCCCGCCCCCGAAGACGUGGAGUGCUGUGGCGGCCGCAAAUUUGUCAGAGAUGAAAGUGACCUUGUCAGCUCUGGAUACUCAUGAGAGCUCUUUCACGCCUCUGGUUGUCAUAGAACUUGCUCAGGAUGUCAAGGAAGAAACCAAAGAAUGGCUGAAGAACAGAAUUAUCAGUAGAAAGAAAGAUGGAGGUGCUCAGCUGUUGUUUAGACCGUUGUUAAAUAAAUAUGAGAAAGAAACACUAGAAAAUCAGAACUUAUAUCUUGUCGGUGCCUCCAGGAUCAGAUUGCUACUGGGGGCAGAAGCAGUGGGAUUGGUGAAAGAGUGCAGUGAUAACACCAUGAGAGCCUUCAUGUAUGGAACCCGACACAACUUCAAAGGUUUUGAUGAUGAUAAUGAUGAUUUCCUCACCAUGGCAGAACGUCAAUUCAUUAUCAAACAUGAACUUGAAAGUCUUAGAGCCAGAGAUGAAAAAAUGAUCCCUGGUUACCCCCAGGCAAAGUUGUACCCAGGAAAAUCAUUAUUGAGGAGGCUGCUCACAUCUGGCAUCGUGAUUCAGGUGUUUCCACUGCAUGACAACGAAGCCCUGAAGAAGCUGGAGGACACCUGGUAUACUCGGUUUACCUUAAAGUAUCAGCCCAUAGAUAGUAUUCGUGGCUACUUUGGAGAAACGAUUGCUCUCUACUUUGGAUUUUUGGAAUAUUUCACUUUUGCCUUAAUCCCUGUGGCAGUCCUUGGGCUACCUUACUACCUGUUUGUGUGGGAAAACUAUGACAAGUAUGUGGUCUUCGCCUCCUUCAACCUGAUCUGGUCCACAGUGAUCCUGGAAGUGUGGAAGCGCGGCUGUGCCCGUAUGACCUACAGGUGGGGGACCCUGGUCAUGAAGAGACAGUUUGAGGAGCCCCGGCCAGGAUAUCACGGGGUCCUGGGUAUCAAUGCCGUCACCGGCAGGGAGGAACCACUGUACCCCAGCUACAAGAGGCAGUUGCGCAUUUACCUGGUCUCCCUGCCGUUUGUGUGCCUCUGUCUCUAUUUCUCUCUGUUUGUCAUGAUGAUUUACUUUGACAUGGAGGCCUGGGCCUUGGAUCUACACGAAAACAGCAGGUCCGAGUGGACCAGUAUCUUGUUGUAUGUGCCCAGCAUCAUCUAUGCCAUCGUGAUUGAGGUCAUGAACCGCCUCUAUCGAUAUGCUGCCGAGUUCUUAACUUCAUGGGAGAAUCACAGAUUGGAAUCUGCCUACCAGAAUCACCUAAUUCUGAAAGUGUUAGUGUUCAACUUUUUAAAUUGCUUUGCCUCACUCUUCUACAUUGCCUUUGUCCUGAGGGAUAUGAAGCUUUUGCGUCAGAGCUUGGCUACUCUCCUGAUUACCUCCCAGAUCUUUAACCAAAUUGUAGAAUCUCUUCUUCCUUACUGGCUCCAAAAGAAGCAGCAUGUGAAGGUAAAGAAGAAGGUGCAGGCUUUAAAGGCAGACAUCGAUGCUACAUUAUAUGAACAGGUGGUUCUGGAAAAGGAAAUGGGAACUUACUUGGGCACCUUUGAUGAUUACUUGGAGUUAUUCCUGCAGUUUGGUUAUGUGAGCCUUUUCUCCUGUGUUUACCCACUGGCAGCUGCCUUCGCCGUGCUAAAUAAUCUCACUGAAGUUAAUUCAGACGCCUUAAAAAUGUGCAGGGUCUUCAAACGCCCAUUCUCAGAACCUUCAGCCAGUAUUGGUGUAUGGCAGUUGGCUUUUGAAACAAUGAGUGUUAUAUCUGUGGUCACUAACUGUGCUCUGAUUGGAAUGUCACCACAAGUGAAUGCACUCUUUCCAGAGUCAAAAGCCGACCUCAUUUUGAUCGUAGUAGCAGUGGAGCACGCACUCCUGGCUUUGAAGUUCAUCCUUGCAUUUGCCAUACCUGAUAAGCCGCGGCAUAUCCAGAUGAAACUGGCCAGAUUGGAAUUUGAAUCUUUGGAGGCACUCAAGCAGCAGCAGAUGAAGCACGUGGCCGAGAACCUGAAAGAGGACUGGAGGGAAGGCGGGAAGGAGGAGGCGCCCUGAGGGCCGGUGGAGCCAGCGGGCGCCCUCCCCGCGCGGAGCCCCGCACGCACGCACGCACGCACGCCGCCCGACCUUGCUCUGGAGCCGCCGCUGCCCAGCCUGGCAUGUGGGCGAACCGCCAGCUCCCCGGGUUGCCCUCACAGUGACCGUCGGGUCGGCAGGCGGGGCGUCCAGCGAGGUGGCGUUGCCGACGCUCGACGACGCGAGGUGCCUCUCUCUGGCUCUGUCCUGCUCUAUGUUCACAGACCCUUUAUUCACGGAACAGAGGUCACCAAGCUAUUAAAGGCCUCAUGCCCGCC